AUGGCGCAGGAACGGGACGACCUCGUCUACCUGGCAAAAUUGGCGGAGCAGGCCGAGCGCUUCGACGAGAUGGCGCGGCGCCGGCGCGGCGGUAUUAUUACCCCCUUCGUUUAUUUAUCAUAGAGGAGACGAAUUGAUAAGGCGGCGCCGCGCGAGAGAGACGCGGCCCGCGCCGCGUCCGCGAACCGACGCCAAAACGCAGGUCGAGCACAUGAAGGUCGUCGCGCGCAUGCCGACGGAGCUGUCCGUCGAGGAGCGCAACUUACUGAGCGUGGCCUACAAGAACGUGAUUGGGAGCAGACGCGCGUCGUGGCGCGUCAUCUCGAGCAUCGAGCAGAAGUCGGAAACCGCCAAAGCUUCCCUCAUCGUGGCCUACAAGAAGAAGAUCGAGACGGAGCUCGAGACGAUCUGCGGCGACAUCCUGACCAUCAUCCAGGACCAGCUCAUUCCCCACAGUGCGGGCGACGAGGGCAAGGUCUUCUACUACAAGAUGAAAGGCGACUACCACCGUUAUUUGGCCGAGUUCCAGGCCGGCGAUUUACGCAAGACGUCCUCGACGGACGCCCUCGACUCCUACCAGCAGGCCUCGACGAUCGCGAACAAGGAGCUCCCGCCGACGCACCCGAUCCGCUUGGGUCUGGCGCUGAACUUCUCGGUCUUCUACUACGAGAUCCUCAACUCCCCGGAUCGCGCCUGCCACAUCGCGAAGCAGGCUUUUGAUGAUGCGAUCGCGGAGCUCGACACGCUCUCCGAGCAGUCGUACAAGGACUCCACGCUCAUCAUGCAGCUCCUCCGCGACAACCUGACGCUCUGGACGAGUGAUGCGGCCGACGCCGCGGAAACGUCCGCGCCGGCGGACUCGCAGGUCGGCGACGUCUGA